GUCGUUCAGAUGUGUUUCCGUGGAGAUCUGUGGGACUGAACCAUGAGUCAAAGGUCAGAGGGGCUGUCGCCGGGGGCAACAGAGACCCCCACCCUAAACGGGACGUCCCAGCCCGAGCCGGUGCGCCGCUCGUGGAGGCCCUGCCAGAUGCUCAACCAGGACGGAGAAGUGGUCCACCACCACCACCACCAGCACGCACAGCCCGCCCCCCACCACAGGUCCCGUAGACGCCCCCACCACCACCAACCCGCCGCGGCGCACAGGCCGGACGCCGCCGACCCCGCCCCCAACCCGACGCCGCACCCCCGCCCCGCCGUCGCGCGUUACCGUCGCCACGGAGACCCCAACCCGAGGCUCCGAGCGCGGCAGAGGCAGCCGGUCAGAGACGAGCCCAAAGAGGCGAGCGACGCCCCCCGAGCCGAGCCGCCGCAGAGCUCACAGGACGAGAGCCAGACGGACGAGUCGCAGAGCAGUACCUCCACACAGACUCCAGGGGGCGACGUGUCCCUGAGCCUCACACCUGAGCCGGCGCCACAGGGUCAGCCCACAGACGAGGAGUUUAACCCACAACCACAGGGUGCUCCACAGAGACAUAUGGACACAUGUAAAGACACAGCACAAACACUAGAGGGCAGUGUCCCUGAUGUCCACAUGUCAGAGCAGAACAUGGAGCUGGAGCAGAGGGAGGAGCCUAGUCAACAGAGGGAGGGGCUAAGUGGAGAGGGGGAGGAGCCUCGUGGGCAGAGGGAGGAGCUGAGAGAAUACGGGGAGGGGCUGAGUCGACAGAAGACAGGGUUCAGCGCACAGAGGGAGGGGCUUAGUUCACAGAGGGAGGGGCUUAGUUCACAGAGGGAGGGGCUAGGUGUGCGCAAUGAGAGUCCAAGUGCACAGAGGGAGGAGCUAAUUACUCAGAGGGAGGUGAAAGCUGCUCAGAGGGAGGAGUUUUGUGCUCAGCAGGAGGGGCUAAGUGUUCAGAGGGAGGUGCUGGGUACACAGGGGGAGGAGCUAACUGCACAGACGGGGCUAGGUGCUCAGAGGGAGGAGCUAAGUACACAGAGGGAGGGGCUAACCGCACAGAGGGAGGGGCUAAAUGCUCAGAGGGAGGAGCCUAGUGCUCAGAGGGAGGGGCUAAGUACUCAGAGGGAGAUAGAGGCACCGGACGACCCGGCCCAGGAGAGCGAGAUCACGGACCUGUGCUCGGACACGGAGAGCGCCGCGUCCCUCAGCCUGGACGGGCCCCUGCACAGCCCCCCCCCUCUGCACUCCCCCACGCCCCCCUCCUCCCCGGACGUCCCGCAUUUUCCCCAGAUGGACCACUUCAGCGAGGACCCCAGCCCCCCGCCCAUACGGGACACACCGCCCGGGAACAGUGACCAGAGUGACACACACCCAGAGGACGAGGAGGACGAGGCCCCGCCCUCCUACCCACAGACCUACGCUGACUUCUACUCCCAGUCCCACCAGAAGUCCUACCCUCCCCCCAAACAGCACCCCAACUCCUUCCCCGAGCCCCUGCGCACGGCCUACCCCGCGGACCCUCCCCCCAAAGCCGAACCCAGGACCAGGCCUGAGCACAAGAGCUCCCAUCAUGCACUGCAGCACAGACCCACCCAGACCCUGCCUCCCGACAGCUCCGUCGGCUGCAGGCUGCACCACUACGACGGUCAGUCCGACGGAGAGAGCGGCGAGCGCAGCCCCGUGCCCCGAGGGAGGAGGCAGGGGCCCCGGAGAGGAGACGCCCUGGGGAGGAGGGCCCCCGCUGGGCCCCAGCGCUCAGGGACGUCCCCGGGGGACGCUCCAGAGGACAGGACCCCAGGGGACCCCGGGCCAAAGGGAGACGCCAUCAGCCUGGCCAUCAGAGGCAUCAAAGAGGCCAUCGAGGAGGUGAAGACCCGAGCCGUGCGCUCCCCCUACACCCCGGACCAGCCCGUGGAGCCAGUGUGGGUGAUGAGGCAGGAGAACAGCCCCACGGAGGAGGCUGCCCCCACAGGACAGGUACAGGUGUCGCCGGGCUCUCCGUGCGACUCCCUGUCCCUGUACUCCUCCUCGGCCCAGGACCCGGUCAGCCCCCUGAGACCGGACACCUCCAGAACGCACCCCCACCCGCAGAGGGACGUCCAGCAGAGACAGAGCUACAACGCGAACCCCACCCCCAGCCAGCAGAGGGCGCCCCCCGCAGCCCCGCCACAGCCCACAGCACAAGAGAUCCGACAGUCUCUGCCGACGUUCCCGACCUUUGUUGAUGUACCAGGGCCCUGUGACCCCGAUGACCUCAUUGACGGCAUCAUCUUUGCGGCGACGUAUCUCGGCUGCACCCACCUGCUGUCGGAGCGCACGCCGUCCAAGAGCGCCCGCAUGCAGCAGGCGCAGGAGGCCAUGAGCCGAGUGCGGGCGGCUCAGAAACAGGCCAAGAACAGGAAGAAGGGAGGAGACGGAGACUCGGUGUCCACGGUGGAGGUGGACCUGUUCAUGUCCACUCAGAGGAUCAAAGUUCUGAACGCAGACACUCAGGAGAGCCUGAUGGACCUGCCCCUGCGCACCAUCUCCUACAUCGCAGACAUCGGGAACAUGGUGGUGCUCAUGGCCCGGGGAAAGAUGGUCCGGUCCCGAUCCGCCCAGGACCCCCAGGACCAGCAGGAGAACCAGGAGCCCAGCGAGGAGCACAGCCCCGAGCAGCACAGGGUCUACAGGAUGAUCUGCCACGUGUUUGAGUCUGAGGACGCCCAGCUGAUCGCCCAGUCCAUCGGUCAGUCCUUCAGCGUGGCCUACCAGGAGUUCCUGAGGGCCAACGGCAUCGACCCGGAGGACCUGAGCCAGCGCGAGUACAGCGACCUGCUGAGCACUCAGGACAUGUACAACGAAGACCUCAUCCACUUCUCCAAGUCCGAGAACUGCCGCGAUGUUUACAUCGAGAAGCAGAAAGGCGAGAUCCUGGGCGUGGUCAUCGUGGAGUCGGGGUGGGGCUCCAUCCUCCCCACCGUCAUCAUCGCCAGCAUGAUGCACUCAGGCCCCGCCCACAAGUCCGGACGCCUCAACAUCGGAGACCAGAUCAUGACGGUGAACGGGACCAGCCUGGUGGGUCUGCCCCUGAGCACCUGCCAGAGCAUCAUCAAGGGUCUGAAGUCUCAGUGCAGGAUUAAGAUGAACAUCGUGCGCUGUCCUCCUGUCACCAUGGUGCUGAUCCGCAGACCCGACCUGCGCUACCAACUGGGCUUCAGCGUGCAGAACGGCAUCAUCUGCAGCCUGAUGAGGGGCGGCAUCGCAGAAAGGGGCGGAGUCCGUGUGGGCCAUCGCAUCAUCGAGAUCAACAGCCAGAGUGUGGUAGCCACGCCCCACGAGAAGAUCGUCCAGAUACUGUCCAACGCCAUGGGAGAGAUCCACAUGAAGACGAUGCCUGCUGCCAUGUACCGUCUCCUCACCGCACAGGAGCAGCCCGUCUACAUCUGAGGGGCCCCGGUACCUCAGUCCCUCGCUGUGGGACACCUGAGGGGACAUUCUUUUGUGUCUUUUAGUCUACUCUGAAUGUACGAGUAUGGACCUAUAUGACCAAACUGUAAAAAGCUGCAGAGACUAAUGAGGUGUGCAUGUACAAAUACACGAGUAAUAAA